UUAUUCCACAGUCUCCUAACUCUUUACGAGGAGGCGAGAAGGGAGGAACACUCGCUCAUGGAUAGGGGCCCCUGCAGAAUGCGCUAAAGUCCCCCAGCCAGCCCGCUUGCCCUUCAGCGGUCAUGGGUAGCCCCUGGAACAGCAGCAGCAGCAGCGACAGCACCGAUGGCGCAGCCCCGGAGACCCGGCCGUGGUCCCUGCCCCGCUGCGACGAGAGCCGCUGCUCUCCCUUCCCCCUGGGCGCUCUGGUGCCCGUGACGGUCGUGUGCCUCAGCUUGUUUGCCGUCGGGGUGAGCGGCAACGUGGUGACUGUGCUGCUGAUCCGGCGCUACCGGGACAUGCGAACCACCACCAACCUGUACCUGGGCAGCAUGGCCGUGUCCGACCUGCUCAUCCUGCUCGGCCUCCCCUUCGACCUGUACCGCCUGUGGCGCUCCCGACCGUGGGUCUUCGGGCAGCUGCUCUGCCGCCUCUCGCACUACCUAAGCGAGGGCUGCACCUACGCCAGCCUGCUGCACAUCACGGCGCUAAGCGUGGAGCGCUACCUGGCCAUCUGCUUUCCUCUGCGCGCCCGCGUCCUCAUCACCCGCCGCCGCGUGCGAGCACUCAUUGCAGCGCUCUGGGUCGUAGCGCUGCUCUCUGCCGGCCCCUUCUUCUUUCUAGUGGGCGUCGAGCAGGACCCGGCCCCCCACCGAGUGAAGGGCGGGACGCUGGCUGCCAAUGGCACUUGGCCUGCCGCCCCUCUCUCCUUGCCCUCGGAGACCACUCAGCUGAUUGCCCGGCCCUCCGCCGGGACGCCCUCCCAGUCCGCUCCAUCGGGGAGCGCGGCGGCGGCGGCAGUGCUGUUCAGCCGGGAGUGCCGGCCAAGCCGGGAGCAUCUGGGCGUCCUGCGCGUCAUGCUCUGGGUCACCACCGCCUACUUCUUCUUGCCCAUGCUCUGCCUCAGUGUCCUUUACGGACUGAUCGGGCGGGCGCUGUGGAGAAGCGGGGCUCCGCUGCGGGGGCCAGCAACCACGGGCCGGGAGAAGGACCAUCGGCAGACCGUGCGGGUCCUGGUGGUGGUGGUUCUGGCAUUUAUAGUUUGCUGGUUGCCCUUUCAUGUUGGCAGGAUCAUUUACAUCAACACCAAGGAUUCCAGGACAAUGCAGUUCUCCCAGUACUUCAAUAUUGUGGCUCUGCAGCUUUUCUAUCUGAGUGCAUCCAUCAACCCUGUCCUCUACAAUCUCAUUUCAAAAAAGUACAGAGCAGCUGCCUACAAGCUCCUGCUUGCAAGACAGUCUGGAGGAAAAGGUUCUGGAACCAGGGACGUGGGAGGGGAAACUGGAGAAGAGACUGGAACAGAAACAGCAGGCUACCCUGAGAGCAGUGCUAGCAUAAAAAAAAAAAAAAUGAUUCCAGGAGUGCAUCACCAGAAAGCCCAAGGAUGGCCUCUCUGCCCUCAAUAGAGAUGUAGGGGACUGUAGUUGUGGAAUGUGGUGAUGCCAUCAGAUGUUGGUUUGGUUCAAAUGUUUUUCCUUGUUAGACUGUAAGUCCUUUGAAGGCAGGAACUGUUUUCACUUCUGUAUUUGUAUCCCUAGACUGUAGCACAAUGCCUGGGAUAAAUGCUUUAUUGAUUGUUUGAUUUGUUACAAAGGUUGGUUCCAUGCAGAGGUGAGGAGGAGGAUCAAAGGGAAGUGAUUGUAGUGUAAGAACAAAGACAACAUCAAAAC